UCUUGGGACUCCAUCCCUUGCUAAAGUAUUGCUAAUUUGUGUACGAAGUGCAGUCGUGAAGCGCAUAGGCAGCGAAACGACCUUCGUGGCCGUGGGGGCAAGGAAGGGUGCGGGGAGAACGUGGGGAAACUCUUUUGCGCGCGGAGGCGAAGGCGACUUUCCUGGGUUUUUCUUCGUUUGGUGCCUGGGCUUUCUGAGUUGAAAACCAUGAAGCCACCAUCAAGGCUGCGUUCGGCGCCCGCUCGCUACAAUCUGGGCCCCACAACCCGAGUUUGGACAGAUCGAGAAAAGCGACGUCUUCUCCAGGCCUUGAGAGCUCAAGCUCAGACUCCGGGCCCGCUGCGGUCGGAACUGCUGAAGAAAUAUUUGCCUUCCAGAAAUGAAGACGAGAUCUUAGCAUUUGUGGAUCAGCUGAAAGAACGCGUGGCAAGGGAAGCAGUCAAGGCACAGUAUCGCUAUCGCCAGUGCAAACAGAAGGAUGCCCCAAUUCCAGCGCCUAUAGAGGUAUGGAUUCGGUUAGCUGAGAAGUUGACAGGUUGCCUUGAGGAAGCAGUAACAGCUGCUUUUUCCCAGGUUUUAACAAUUGCAUCUGCAGAGCCACUCUGCUUGCUUCACUCUGUGCCUCCAAAGCCUGUAGAAUUAAAAACUGCUCAAUGCAUGUCCCCAACUAUUCCUAGCAAGAAUAUGAAAUCCAAUAUAGAAUCUGAAGAAGCAACUAUAUCAUCUGAUGUAGAGCAGUUGACCCCUGCAGAAAAUGAAUUACGUGUCGACUUUGAAAAGAUAUACAAGUAUCUUUCAGUGAUCUCACGGGGAUCUAAAGCACCAGAGCUACCACCUGGUGAGUCAGCUGUUCUACUAGAUCUUCUUUUAUCAUUAUCAGAAGAGCUGAGUCACCUGGAUUAUAAGAAACUUAAGGGGCAUAUGCACAAAUGCUAUAUGGAUUUAAGUGCACACAGUACAAAUGAAAAAAGCAGAAUGAAAGCAGAGAUCAGCCAGCUUGUAAACCAUAAUGAAGAUCUUCAUGAAACAUAUGAUGUACCAUCAGCCAGAAAUAGCUUUUCACAACAUCAAGAGGAUAUUAGUUCUAGUGCUUCUUCUACAAGUGGCACAACAUCAGCAUCUUCCACUGAUUGGAAGACUCUGGGUAUCUGCCCGUUGAAUUCAUUCUGGUUUCCUUUGGAUAUUCUAGCACAAAAAAGAGAGAGCUUGGAUUGAGGACUCUAUGCUAUUAGAUGAAUGUUGUAUCUUCGUAUCUGUAAGAGUGGGAAAAAACUUUAAAAAUCUUCCAUCUUUUGCCAGGUGUGGUCCUUUUUGUUCUACUUCAUUUAUGGAUAAGUCUACUUUGUGUUUUUAAAUUAAUGAUGUAUGUGGCUGUUUAGAAUUUUUCCUCCAAAAAUCCUUAAAUUUACUGGUUAUUGGAAAACCAAUAUCAUCUUAGAAGGUUUGUGCUUAACACAAUGAUCUGAGUAUGUAUCUUUGUUCUCAGGAUAUGGAUUAUUCCAGAUAUAGCUAAUGCAAUCAAUGUUAUUAAAGUGUUCCUGCAAUAUAAUAGAGCUGAAAUGUUUUUUCAGCACUAUGAAAAAUAUAAAAUGAUUCUGAAAAAGAUUGCAUCCUCCUUCGUGUGUAAUUGGCCAAGUUCUUUUAAUUCAAGAUCACUUUGAAUAAUCAGCUUCUGUAAGUUGGUGGUGAGGCAAAACUCCUGUUUCCUAAUUUCUGGUUUCCUACUUGGUGGAAUCACUUCAUAAAAAUAAAAGAUGACUCCGAAUUGAGUGAGAAUUUCAAAAUCUCAUUUAAUCUGAUGUUUGCAACAUGGUCAACCUGCAGUAGCUUCAGGGCAAUGAUUGGUCCUCAGACCACAGAUUGGGAACUAUUAAUAUAAGUAUAGCUCUGUAACAUCUUCAUUAAAAAAUGAAUAGCGGUAUAGUAUUAAAAUAUUAUCUUAAGCAGUUCUGACAGAAAAUGUUUCCUAUAAUUGCUUGCUGUACAUGUAGAAGAGGGUGCAUUUUUAGCAAGUAUCAUAUGCAAUGUUACUUAAGUAGUAUAAGUUAAGUUUAGUUCAAAAGAUGUUCAGAUUCUGAACCCAAUCAAUUUGUUUCAAGUUCUAUCAAAGGAACAAAUUCUAUUCUUGAAAUUGCAACACAGUAUAAAUAGAAAACUCUUUGUAGGCACUAGGAUGUGAUAUACAUCAUUGUAUCUGGUUUGCUUUCUUUUAAUCUUGAGAAGCUAUACUGUAUACAAUACUGUACUGCACAGAACAAAUCUUAGAUGAAAGUGUCAUUUUCUUCUCUGCAAACUUUUCAAUUUAAAACUGUAAGAACUUUCUCAAAAUUGGUACAUUAAGAAAAGCAAAAUGGUCCAGGUGGUAGAAUUAUCAAUCAUGAAUUUAAUAAUAAUUGUUAAAUAAAAUCUUGUUUGAUAUAUUAAGGAAAUAAUUGAGUCUUUUAUGUUAAUUUUAUUUUUCAUUCAAUAAUGUCAAAUACUCAUUAUUCACACAGUGUAAAUGCUGUUUGAAGUAAAUAUCCUAGCAAAAUUUGGCUGUUCUGUCAAGAUAGCUUCAAGUAAUUUUUAAGACCUGCCAAUGGUAUCUCGGUAAUGGAGUGAUUUGGGUUAAAACCUCAGUGUUCAUUUUAGGCAGAUGGACUGUCCAUAUUUGUAGAAACAAUGUCUCAUAUAGCUCCUACUCUUCUUCACAAUGCUUCAACACUUUAUAGAAAUACUGAAUCUGUAGCAGCAGUUGUUCCAAAAGUAAAUUAAUUAAUAAAAUGGUACCA